AUGGCCGCCGACAGCAUCAUCUCACUACCGGCCAUUUUAUGUCAGUUGUUCAAUGCGUGCAGCAGGGUCGAGGUGCCGCAAUUCGGCGAGCCGAUGGUAGACGUGACAGCGAUCCGAGGGAUGGACGCCACGUUUUCGUGUCAGGUUGUGAACCUGGGCAAGCACUUGGUAGCUUUCGUCAGGGCCGAUCCAACGAUAGUGCUUACGUGGAACCACCGCGUUUUCGCCAGUCGUCCUCACAAGUACAGCGUCGACGUAAAGGGUGACAGGUGGUUUCUGAAAAUACGUAACGUCCAGCAGUCGGACCAAGGACUUUACAUGUGCCAGAUCAAUACCAGUCCCAUGUUGGCCCAGAUGGCAUACCUCCAUCUCAAGGUUCCACCAAGAGUUGAUACUCAGUUGUCGACGCACGACCUCAUCGUACAAGAAGGUCAGGACGUGACGUUCAGCUGCGUUGCGAACGGUUCGCCGACACCGACGGUGUCCUGGCGGCGAAAGGACGGCGAAGUAAUAGUGACCAACGAGCCGGAAGGAUACGGAGGCACGUCGAAGAGCAUCAUCUACAAACAAAACCUGACGCUGUACAAGGUCAAUCGAAAGCAUAUGAGCGAGUACCUUUGCUUGGCGAGUAACAACGUGCCUCCCGAUGAGUCAUGGAGUCUCAAGCUACACGUGCACUUCGCCCCGAGCGUCGUACCGUUGGAGACGACGGUUUCUUCAAAGACAGACUCGACCGCUCAUCUGGCCUGUAUGGCUGAAGCAUGGCCGAAACCGGAUUUUACGUGGGAAUUUCAAGAAAACGUUAUCCUGCCCAACGAUGAAAAAUACAAAAUGGUAUUGUUACUUUUUAAAUAUGUUAAUGCUUAAUG